AACUGCAGCUCCGUAGCAAUGCGAGCGAGGGUCAAUUCAUUCACCCAUGAAACCUCUUACGAUUUUAUUUUAAUUUUGCCAAAUUAAAGCACCAAAUCAGAAUUCUGAAAUCAAGAUGGCCAACGUAUCGGUGGCCGCGGAAUGGCAGCUCGUCUACAACCGAUACUACCGAAAACCAGAGCUCUAUCAAAUGCGAUGGAAACACAUCGACUUAAGCCGCAACAAAGUCGCCUGCGCCCCCUUCGGUGGUCCAAUCGCGGUGAUCCGUGACGAUUCCAAGAUUGUCCAGCUCUACGCCGAGUCUGCCCUCCGCAAACUCCGCAUUUUCAACUCCGCCGGCCUUCUCAUCUCCGAAACGGUGUGGAAACACCCCGGCGGACGCUUGAUCGGCAUGUCUUGGUCCGAAGAUCAAACCUUAAUUUGCAUCGUCCAAGACGGCACCAUUUAUCGUUACAACAUCCACGCAGAGCUGAUGGAGCCCAACGCAUCAAUGGGGAAAGAAUGCUUCGAAGAGAACGUGGUGGAAUGCGUGUUUUGGGGAAACGGCGUCGUGUGCGUGACUGAGGCGAAUAGGUAUUUUUGUGUUCCGGAUUUUAAGACAAUGAGAGUGUGUGAACUGGCGAGGCCGGAGAUAGAGGAGUUACCACAUUGUAUGGCCGUGGUUGAGCCUAAGUACACGAUGACGGGGAACGUGGAGCUGUUGAUUGGGGUUGAUAGUGGGAUAUUGAUGUUGGAUGAAGAUGGAGUUCAGAAGGUUGAUGAAACGAUUGUGCAGAAGAUGGGCGUUUCUCCUAAUGGGAAUUAUGUUGCUUGUUUUACACAUGAUGGCCGCCUUGUUGUUAACAACAUGGACUUCAGCGCUCCUGUCAUUGACCAGUCUUGUGAGACAGCGCUUCCUCCGGAGCAGCUAGCUUGGUGUGGAAUGGAUAGUAUACUUCUUUAUUGGGAUGAUAUGCUACUGAUGGUUGCUCCUCAAGCAGAGCCUGUUCGCUAUUUUUAUGAUGAGCCAGUAGUUCUCAUCCCAGAGUGUGAUGGAGUGAGGAUAUUAUCAAACACAAGUAUGGAGUUUCUACAACGUGUUCCUACGUCUACUGAAUAUAUCUUUGCAAUUGGAAGCACUUCACCUGCAGCUUUACUAUAUGAUGCCUUGGAUCAUUUCGACAGGCGAAGUGCCAAAGCUGAUGAAAAUUUGAGAUUGAUACGUUCAUCCCUGCCUGAGGCUGUUGAAGCAUGUAUUGAUGCUGCUGGACAUGAAUUUGAUACUUCUCGUCAAAGGACACUGUUGAGAGCUGCAAGCUACGGCCAAGCCUUUUGCAGGUUAGUUUGUUUAGCUAUUGUUCUCUACACAUUUAUUUUGCGGGUCUUGAAUGCUGUGCGUGACCCUGAGAUUGGCAUCCCUCUUAGUAUUCAGCAGUAUAAGUUGCUGACAGCACCUGUCCUGAUUGGUCGUUUAAUUAAUGCACAUCGCCACCUACUUGCACUACGAAUAUCAGAGUACCUUAGAAUGAAUCAGGAGGUGGUGAUAAUGCACUGGGCGUGUUCAAAGAUAACAGCUUCCUUAGCCAUUCCUGAUGUCACUCUCCUGGAAAUCUUACUUGAUAAGCUCAAAUUAUGUAAAGGCAUAUCUUAUGCAGCAGUUGCUGCUCAUGCGGAUAAGAGUGGUCGCCGCAAGUUAGCUGCUAUGCUUGUUGAACAUGAACCUCGUUCCUCUAAACAGGUUCCUCUCUUGUUAAGCAUAGGAGAGAAAGAUACAGCUUUGGUGAAGGCAACUGAAAGUGGUGACACUGAUCUUGUUUAUCUUGUUGUAUUUCAUAUCUGGCAAAAGAGGCCUGCACUAGAGUUUUUUGGAAUGAUCCAAGCCAGACCCUUGGCAUGUGAUUUAUUUAUAGCUUAUGCACGGUGUUAUAAGCAUGAAUUCCUGAAGGACUUCUUCCUAUCAACUGGACAACUUCAGGAGGUGGCUUUUCUUCUUUGGAAAGAGUCAUGGGAAUUAGGAAAAAAUCCUAUGGCUAGUAAAGGAUCACCCCUUCAUGGUCCACGCAUCAAACUUAUUGAAAAAUCCCAUAGUCUUUUUGCAGAAACCAAGGAGCACUCCUUUGAGUCAAAAGCAGCUGAAGAACAUGCAAAAUUGUUGAGAAUCCAACAUGAGUUAGAAGUGUCUACCAAGCAAGCUAUUUUUGUGGAUUCAAGUAUAAGUGACACUAUUCGCACAUGUAUUGUUCUGGGAAAUCAUCGAGCUGCAAUGAAAGUGAAAACAGAGUUCAAGGUAACUGAGAAGAGGUGGUAUUGGCUUAAAGUUUUUGCUUUGGCUACAGUCAGAGAUUGGGAGGCCCUAGAAAAGUUCUCAAAGGAGAAGCGACCACCAAUUGGUUACAGGCCAUUUGUGGAGGCAUGUAUAGAUGCAGAUGAAAAAGGCGAAGCUCUAAAAUACAUCCCCAGACUAGCGGAUCCACGAGAAAGGGCUGAGGCUUAUGCUCGGAUUGGUAUGGCCAAGGAAGCUGCAGAUGCUGCUUCACAGGCAAAAGAUGGUGAAUUGCUGGGUCGAUUGAAAUUGACAUUUGCACAAAAUGCAGCAGCUUCUUCAAUUUUCGAUACACUUAGAGAUAGAUUAUCUUUCCAAGGCGUUUCGUAAGUAUUGUUUAUUUAUUAUUAUUAUUAUUUUCUCUCUUAUUAAUUUUUCAAGUUUGUGUUGUGUGCAUAUUCUUCGUGAGAUCAUGUUGCUGAAUUAGUGUAAAGGUAGAAGGCUUUUCUUACAGAAACGGCGUUUGCUUAGUUGAAGCUGUUGGGAAUUGUGUAUCGGUUUUCAUUUUCAUAUAAAUGGGAGUAAAAAAGUUGUAUAACUCAUGGAAUGAACCAAACGUUGGUUGCUUUUACUGUC